AUGGACGCCAUCAGAGCCUGCAUCACCAUUCCCUUCCAAGUCACCUCGUGGACGGUCAAAGUCGUUGUCCUCCAAGGGAAGCUUGUCGAGCUUGUUCUCUGCCUCCAAGCGAGACCGAUCCGCAAAGUCACUGAGCACAUCGAUGCCGUUGAAGGAUGUAAUUAUCCCGUCUACGAUGCUGACGACCGACACCACAAUCCGUCGCCCACCCGUUCCAGCAAGGCUUCCUCACGUCCAGGCACUCCCUCGGAGAAGUCCCAACUUCAGAAGUAUACCUCCAAAUCAUCAUUAAAUACACCCAAGAAUUUCCUUGAUUCAAUGGCCGCACGAAUGAAGGCGGUUUCUGAACUAUUUCACAAGGACACAACAGCUUCUCAGACCAGCGAGGAAUCUCAUCGUACCAAGUCUAGCUCGACUCGAUCGCUGUCGCCAAAAAAAUCGGUUAGAUUCAAGUCAGCAACCUUUUCCCGCGAGUCAACAGCUACUAGCUCACCGAUCAAUGUUCCCACCAAGACAACUCCUUCUCUACCUGCUUUGAGGCUGUCAACGGAAGGCUUCCCCCAAAACCUCACCAUGGAUUCUUUGCGAGAUCCUAUACCAACAGGAAGACCCCAGGACACACCAAUCCUCAAGUCUCAGGCUGCCAACGACUACUUCUUUCCGUUCCCAACAGAAAUUGACAGUCAGCUAGACACGCUGAAAGGUCGCCGCGAAUCAUCGAAGCCAUUGCCUUUGAUCGACCUUGAGAAGCGAGCGUCAGAGCAAGACAAUCCAUUCGCCGACCCGGACGACGUCUCCGGAUCCCCUUCCAGAAUCGUCAGCAGCCAAGCUGUUGGACCAUUGGACUCUGAUCGUGGUAGCUGCAGAUCCAAUACUUCGUCAACUCCACCGGUCAGAAUGUCGACCGAAGAAGAAUGGUCGAGGUUGUCUCCUUCCAAACCGCCAGACGAUGCUGGACAACAUGUGCGGAUUGAAAGCGAGUCCAAUAUCACAAACCCAUUUCUGGAGUCGACCGACACGUUCGAGAUCCCACAGGUCCCACCUGGUACGCCCGAAGACACCCAAUCAACCGAAAACAAUGAAGUCUUGGAUAAUGAAGAUAGAGCCAAGACGGCAAAUCCGCCUUCAGCUUGGAGCUUGGAGAGCAGAGUCGUCGAUGAUGCUGGGGUCAAGCGAAAUACUACGAAGCCUGACACCGACUCCGAUGAUUCCGAUGACACAAUCGCUCUCCUUCGCCGCCGACCAGUCCCAACGCACGAGGAUAUCCGUCGCCAGUUCCGGUCGCGAAGACUCCAGGAACAAGCUCAAUCAGCCACUGGCCUUGAAUCUCAGAUUUCGCAAGCAAUGCAAGAGAAUGUUACACCAAGCAUGCAGACCGAUCCUACUGAGUACUUUGCUGAAGGCAAACGAUCGCAACCCUCAGCAAGCGUGUCACCGGAAGUCGGCUUCGUCCCUGAUAAUGCUGUGUCUCCUCUCAACCUGAGAUCCAACAUCUCGUCAGUCUCACCUGGAAGAUCUCGACGACCUUUCCGCUUCUCGAACCGAACUCCAGACAGUUCUCCUUCGGUAGGCAUUGGCACGACACAGUUCGGAUGGGAGGGGCACAAACUCGCUGCUCCAGUAUACGGACCUAAAAGGUUGUUCGAAGGCAAGACACCAUCGCCUACAUCAGUCCUGCUACCACCCUCCGUGGCUUCAAAGACCAGCAACCUUGCGAAAUGGUACGAUCAGUAUGCUUGGACUCCUUUUGACGAAGCGGCAUUCUCCAAAGCCUUCCUCGAUGCCACACAAGAUCUUGAUCUCCGCGACAUCCUCACACAGCACGGAGGGUUUGCCCAGGUGUGGAGAAUCUUGGACCUCCCUAGGGGCACAUCGCCAGCAGAUGAUACCAGAGGUCUCAAAGAUGUCGACGUUCAGGAGCUGGUGAUGACAUGCAGAAUGAUAGCACAGCCGGAAUCGCCGAAACCGGUAGAAGAGAGAUCGGAUUAUCUCGGUCCCACAGCAGACAAGAAUUCGCAUGCUUUUGCUUCAGCGACGAAGGAUGCACGCAAAUACUCCGGAGAGGUGUCGACGAUCGCUGACAGCACCCAAGCAGUCGAGUCGGCUUCAUCUUCGAGACUGCGAUUGGCCCCGUCCGGACAGCAAGUCACCACAAGUGAUGUUGUCACAAGCAGCGAGAGCGGACACACAGCCACGUCAUGCAGUCUCUGCAGGUCACAGCACAGUUGCUGCCGCUGCACCGAGAGCAGCUGGACUAGCACUGAAUACCACGACUCCAAAAGCCAAGCCAAUAGCCUCAGCGAAGACGAAUCUGACGUUGAAGUCAUACAUGCUGCUUCCAAGUUAGGCUCAUCUUAUCCGAAUGAGUCUACAUCGGGCCCAGACGGAUAUCCUGGUGUGGAGACGACACCAAAGCAAGAUGACUAUGUGCGGAAGAACUUCUAUUGGCCAAUUCGCGAGCGGUCCGUAGCAACCACAGAAAGCUCUGGUGAUUUGAGCGACGACGAGAGGUACACGCAAGGAAUUAUCUAA